AUGAGCACCUCAUCCAGGACCGCGCGGCCCCGGCAGUCGAGCAAGCACGAGAGGUUCCGCCAAUGCGGGAUCGUCGGACAUAUCAACCCAAGACGAAUUGGGUUGGACGCCCACGCGUCCUGUCAGCCGCAAAGCCACGCUGUGCGUCCGGGCGGUUCGGGGCGUUGGUCUCAAACUGCCACCAAAACCCAGGCUGGUGCUCCCCUCACACCCGUUGUAACGCCCAUGAGCUAUGCAUUCCUAGAUCUAUCUCAUUUGUGGAGAUGGGUCGUAAUCCGCAUUGCGAUGCUUCGUAGCGGAGCAUGGGGGUCGAGAGGUGUCCGAGGUAUCCGAGCUACUCCGGCAGCAACACCUGCACCGGCUCCGAGCCCGCCUAUUCCAGCAACGCCCGCCACUGAGCCUCCGCCCGGCCCAGCGAAGCAAACGAGGCCAUCAUCUGCGGGUCCGCCAGCACCAAGGGCAACUAUAUUCCAAACCACGAGAGCAUUGCCGCGCUACUCAGCAAGGAGACGGCCGCGUGCCGGACUGGCUGGGCCUGGAGGAAAUCGUUCGUGGGGCUGGGUGACAAUUCCUGGGGAGCGCUGGGGCUGCUACCCAGCACGGCGGGGAGAUCUUGCAGGACAUGCCCCGCAGCGGAAGCGCGCCUGGGCGAGGCGCUUGAUCCUCGCCAUGGCCGCCGCCGAUAUCCACCGGGAGCGGGUCAACCGCGGGGGCACGGCCACUGCCCGGCGGGAAGACGUCAAAAACCAGUCCGCCCUAAGGCGGCGGACGGGAAAGGCUAUAACAAUGUUGAAGGCGUCGUAA